AGAUACGAAUGAACUUGAAUGAAGUGUUUGAUUGCUGAAGUUAGUGGAUCAAGUCAAAGAAAGUAAAUGCUUGCAUCUCAAGUUCUUAUUUCAUGUUUUAUUUUAUAGUGUAAAGUAAAGAAUAACAUAAUUUAGUGACUAUUUUAUAAAUAAUUUGUUAAAAUUAACGCAAUGGCUAUGCAACCACAUAGUAAAAAAAGAGUGUGCUAUUACUAUGAUAGUGACAUCGGAAAUUAUUACUAUGGGCAAGGCCAUCCCAUGAAACCUCAUCGUAUACGUAUGACUCACAAUUUGCUUUUAAAUUAUGGACUUUAUAGGAAGAUGGAAAUAUAUAGACCACAUAAGGCUACAGCUGACGAAAUGACUAAGUUCCACUCAGAUGAUUAUAUUCGGUUUCUAAGAUCGAUCAGACCAGACAACAUGUCUGAAUAUAAUAAACAAAUGCAAAGAUUUAAUGUUGGUGAGGACUGUCCUGUGUUUGAUGGUUUAUAUGAAUUCUGUCAGCUCUCAGCCGGUGGUUCGGUAGCCGCAGCAGUAAAAUUAAAUAAACAGGCUUCAGAAAUAUGUAUCAAUUGGGGUGGUGGACUCCAUCAUGCUAAGAAAUCAGAAGCAUCAGGGUUCUGUUAUGUAAAUGACAUUGUUCUUGGAAUUUUGGAACUAUUGAAAUACCACCAAAGAGUUUUAUAUAUUGAUAUUGAUGUACAUCAUGGUGAUGGUGUGGAGGAGGCGUUCUACACUACAGACAGAGUUAUGACAGUCUCAUUUCACAAGUAUGGAGAAUAUUUCCCAGGGACAGGUGACCUACGGGACAUUGGGGCUGGCAAAGGAAAAUACUAUGCAGUGAACAUACCUCUACGGGAUGGAAUGGAUGAUGAUUCAUAUGAGUCUAUCUUUGUGCCCAUAAUAUCUAAGGUCAUGGAAACUUUCCAGCCCAGUGCAGUAGUGUUGCAGUGUGGAGCAGAUUCACUAACAGGUGACCGAUUGGGUUGCUUCAAUUUAACUGUUCGUGGACAUGGACGAUGUGUAGAGCUGGUGAAGAGAUUUGGACUUCCUUUCCUACUUGUUGGAGGCGGAGGAUAUACAAUCCGCAAUGUUUCCCGCUGCUGGACUUAUGAGACUUCAGUUGCACUUGGAGUAGAAAUAGCAAAUGAAUUGCCUUACAAUGACUACUUUGAAUACUUUGGACCUGAUUUCAAACUACACAUAUCUCCAAGUAACAUGUCUAAUCAAAACACACCCGAAUAUUUGGAAAAAAUUAAAAAUAGACUGUUUGAAAAUUUACGAAUGUUACCGCAUGCACCAGGAGUACAGGUACAAGCCAUUCCAGAAGAUGCUGUAAAUGAUGAGUCUGAAGAUGAAGAUAAGGUUGACAAAGAUGAAAGACUUCCCCAAAGUGAAAAGGACAAACGUAUAACCGGCGACGGCGAGCUGUCUGACUCCGAGGACGAGGGCGAGGGGCGGCGCGACAACCGCUCAUACCGCGCGCCGCAGCGUAAGCGCCCGCGCCUCGACAAGGACGCCACGCCCGCCAAGGACGACGCCAAAGCUGAAGACACAAAAGACGAUGUAAAGAAUAUAAGCAAUAUGGAAGAACCAAAGAAAGAGGUGCCGCCGAAUGCCUGAUGCGUGCGAUAAAUGACACCAGGAAGUUCAUUAAUCAGCAUACAGCUGAACUCCACUAAUGAUUUUUGAACACAGGUGUGUGCGCUAAUGUGUUACAUAUUUAGCGGUAAUAUUUUUAUUAUGAAAAUAUUUCUGUAUUGACUCGAAAGUGCAUAGCAAAUAAGAGUGAGUGUUAUCACUAGUUAGGCUACGAUUAAAUGAUAAGUGACUUUUAAACUACAAAACUGAAUAUGGAUAUCACAAAAACCACAGACAUGCAACAGAUAACCGUCAUUACAUUAGCAUCUUGAUCGUGUAGGGGAAUGUGAGGCACCAAAAUAUGCGAUUAUAUCUAGAUGGGACUAGAUGUAAAAA